GGAGGGCACCUCCGGCAGCUGCCGGCUGGUACAACUACAGACCAGGCUGCCGGUGUGGCGCAGCCGUUCACCUGGCUGCGACAUCCCUGUGGUGUACGAGGUGGGGGCUAUCGGCCAAAAAUGGUGCUCAGAGGUAGGAGACGAAUGGAAGGGAAACGGGAUUGCUGUUCACCUUACCCAAAAGUGUGUUCCAUGGGAAACAGCACCAGCCGGCUCUACAGCGCGCUUGCCAAGACGCUGAGCAGCAGUGCCGUGUCCCAGCACCAGGACUGCCUGGAGCAGCCGGACUCGGCGCGGCUGGAUCCUAUAGACCCCAAGGAUUUGCUGGAGGAAUGUCAGAUCGUUCUGCAGAAACGGCCACCCCGGUUUCAGAGGGAUUUUGUGGCCCUGAAGAAAAACACUGCCAGUAACCACCGCCCCAUUCGGGUCAUGCAGUGGAACAUCCUUGCCCAAGCUCUCGGAGAAGGCAAAGACAACUUUGUCCAGUGCCCCCUGGAAGCUCUGAAAUGGGAAGAGAGGAAGUGCCUCAUCCUGGAGGAAAUUCUUGCGUACAAGCCUGACAUCUUGUGCCUGCAAGAAGUCGACCACUACUUUGACACGUUUGAGCCACUCCUCAGCCGACUGGGCUACCAGUGUACUUUCUUCCCGAAGCCGUGGUCCCCGUGCCUAGAUGUGGCGCAGAACAACGGGCCGGACGGCUGCGCCUUGUUUUUCCUUAAAGACCGCUUUGAGCUCAUCAACAGUGCUAAUAUCCGGCUAACUGCCAUGAAACUGAAGACCAACCAAGUGGCCAUAGCUCAGACGCUGAAGUGCAAUGAAACUGGAAGACUGUUCUGCAUUGCUGUCACUCACCUGAAAGCCCGUACUGGCUGGGAGAGGUUUCGGUCCGCUCAAGGCUGCGAUCUUCUCCAGAACCUGAAGAGUAUUACCCAAGGUGCGAAGAUCCCUCUGAUCAUCUGCGGGGACUUCAACGCGGAGCCAACUGAGGAGGUCUACAGAGAAUUUUCCAACUCGAGCCUCAACUUAAACAGCGCAUACAAGCUGCUGAGCCCCGACGGGCAGUCAGAGCCCCCGUACACCACCUGGAAGAUCCGGCCCUCGGGAGAGUGCCGGCACACGCUGGAUUAUAUCUGGUAUUCCCAGCAUGCCUUGAAUGUGAACUCAGCCCUUGGCUUGCUGACUGAAGAACAAAUUGGGCCCAACAGGCUGCCAUCAUUCAACUACCCUUCUGAUCACCUGUCUCUGGUGUGUGACUUUAGUUUUAAUCAAGACCCUGACAGACUGCUGUAAGGUGUUGGAAUGCCACCUGGUAUUGCAGUGUCUUAACUCACCACUGUUUUAUUUUCGAGAAAACUUGUGAAGCUGGAAGCUAUUGAAGGAUGAGGACAUACUGUUGGCUAGACAUUGUUUUGGGCACUUGCUUGGAGUUCCACUUGCCGUUCAGCACUUGUUAAUCUGGGGCCUCCAAGGGAGGAAGAAAGGAGUCGGUGUUCUCGCUGUGGUGUUCUUGCCAUGUCGGGGUUUGAAAACCGGAAGGCGAAUGAGCUUUAUCCUUUCACUAACCCCCAUGUUUAAGGAUUUAAUCCUUUAGUGAAUGUGGAGGCCUUAGUAUUUAAAUCAAAACACUUGUGUUUGUAGAACAACUUGCCCUGACAGCAUGCUAAUUUUAUUUAUUUCAUGUUA